AUGCCAGACUCAUCCAUACUUCCUGACGUUGUAAGGCGAUUGAACAGCUUCGUGAGGAGAAUUGUCGAUGCCAAACCAUAUCUAUCAGGCUAUAUUGUGCCCGCCAAAACUCCGGGAAAGCGGGUGGGGGCAGUGGAGGUCCGAUUUUCUGACAAGGAUUUCCUCGAAUACCCCUGUGUCAGUGUCCGCAGAUUGACACAUGAAGAGGUUCCUUUCACCUAUGAUGAACUUGACAAAGCCGGUCUGCCCCCGAGUACGAUGAGGCCGGAGCUGGUAUCGGCAUUGGCCGAGUCUGCAGAUGAGGAACAAGCCCCGGUAUUUCGGGUGCAGGCUAAUGUAGUUGACGGCGGUUUCAUUGUCAGCCUAUAUCUACACCACUGUAUCUCUGACGGAACAGGUGUCGGCUUACUGAUUUCUGGUAGUAUUCUGAACGACGAAACCGCAUUUGAUAGGCAUUUGGAAUCUCGAGGACACGAUACACCCCCUCUUUCGGUGAGACUGGCAGCUUUUGCCAACCUGAAAAGCAUUCACAGACAGCAGCUUUCUUGGAGCUUUCCCAACCAAAUCAGCAAUAGGUCUCUUAGGUGCAAGAAAGUGAAGGCGCACCCUGAAGAAGGUGAAACGGUUCGAGUUCAAGGCCGUGGUUGCGUGGUUGCCUUCUCACUGGAGAAGCUGGCAGGUUUGAAAACCUUGCUUGAGACACAAGCUGAUAGCAGCUUCAUCACUUCGAAUGACGCACUGCAAGCGCUCCUCUGGCACAGUAUGGUGAAGGCAAGAAUCCCAUCUCUUGAGGACAUAGACGCCAUCGCGAUCUCGAAAUUGCUGAUACCAAUCAAUAUUCGUGGAAAGCUCGAGAAACCACUUCCCGAGUCGUAUUUCGGUACUGCAAUCGAUUUUGCAUCAGCCCAGUUACCUAUUGAUCAUCUGACCGACACCAGUCCGCCAGCAAUGAUUCAAACGGCAAUGGAAAUACGGCGGGCGAUCAACGAGGUUGAUGAAGAAUACAUUCGUCAGGCUAUUGCUUUAGCCAGGUUUCCAGAUCCGAGCAAUGAUGUGAGAGACCUUCAAGCGAGUAAUAUGGAUAGGGCGAAAGGAGCGGACAUGUACGUGACAAGUUGGGAGAAAUUGGAUUGUUACGACGCCACCUUCGAUCUCGGACUCGGUCGGCCGGACUGGGUACGCAAGCCAUGGUCUAGAGAUCCUGGUUCUUGCAUUGUACUCCCAUUUGACAACAGAAAAAACUACCUCGAGGUAGUGAUACAGAUGACAAUUGCCGAUAUGGACAGAUUGCUUCAGGAUCAGGUUUUCAUGAACUACGUUGUUAGGGUGAUAGACUAA